UCCUGCUCUCCCGGAUCAAGUCCCUCCUGGACCGGCUCUGGUCCCCCGACAGCUGCAGUGGACCGACCGGAGCUGCGGCAAGGGGCAGGCAUCUCUGACAAUUCUAUUUCCUCCAUGCCUGGAGCUCUCAGAUCGCUUCUGAGGAAGAUGGGCUCUCCCGAAGACCCUGCUUGUCCCAUGAGUGUUUAAUUAUGGGGCCAGGAGGUGCCAGCAAGUCUGGGGGCAGGAGAACAGGGCUCACCACUCGGUCCAGGAAACCCUGGAGGACUUGUCCAGGCUUUAAAGAACUGUAGGGGUUUCUGACUCGAGCCCACUCUGGCGGUAAGCACAAUGCAACUUCUGCGGCUUCUGCUGGGGCUCUGGGGGCCCGGGGGCUACUUGUUCCUAUCAGGGGACUGCCAGGAGGUGGCCACGCUCACGGUGAAAUACCAAGUGACGGAGGAAGUGCCAUCUGGCACAGUGAUCGGGAAGCUGUCCCAGCAACUGGGCCGGGAGGACCGGCGGCCGCGGACCGGAGCUGCCUUCCAGGUCCUGCAGCUGCCUCGGGCGCUCCCCAUUCAGGUGGACUCCGAGAACGGCUUGCUCAGCACAGCGAGGCGGCUGGAUCGAGAGCAGCUCUGCCGGCAGCGGGACCCCUGUCUGGUCUCCUUCGACGUGCUCGCCGCCGGGGAGUUAGCGCUGAUCCACGUGGAGGUCCAAGUGCUGGAUAUCAAUGACCACCAGCCUCAGUUUCCCAAAGGCCAGCAGGAGCUGGAAAUCUCGGAGAGCGCCUCCCUGCACACCCGCAUCCCUCUGGACAGAGCUCUCGACCCAGACACCGGCCCGAAUACCCUGCACUCCUACGCCCUGUCUCCCAGUGAGCACUUCGCCCUGGAUGUCAUCGUGGGGCCCGAUGACACAAAGCACGCAGAGCUCGUGGUGGUGAAGGAGCUGGACCGGGAGGUGCACUCGUUCUUUGAUCUGGUAUUAACCGCCUACGACAGCGGGAGCCCCCCCAAGUCAGGCACCAGCUUGGUCAAAGUCAACGUCCUGGACUCCAACGACAACAGCCCGGUUUUUGCAGAGAGUUCUCUGGCGCUCGAAGUCCGCGAAGAUGCCGCCCCCGGCACUCUCCUCGUAAACCUGACGGCCACCGACCCUGAUCAAGGCCCCAACGGGGAGGUGGAGUUCUCCCUCGGUAAGCACGUGCCUGCACAGGUGCUGGACACUUUCAGCAUCGGCGCGAAGACAGGCCAGGUGAUUCUGCGCAGGCCCCUGGACUAUGAGAGGGACUCUGCCUAUGAGGUGGAUGUCCAGGCCAGGGACCUGGGGCCCAAUCCCAUCCCAGCCCACUGCAAAGUUCUCAUCAAGGUUCUGGAUGUCAACGACAACGCCCCAAGCAUCCACAUCACCUGGGCCUCCCAGCCCUCCCUGGUGUCAGAAGAUCUCCCCAAGGACAGUUUCAUUGCACUUGUCAUGGCACAGGACUUGGACUCGGGAAACAAUGGCCUGGUCCACUGUUGGCUGAGCCAAGAGCUGGGCCACUUCAGGCUGCAAAGGACUAAUGGCAACACGUAUAUGCUGCUGACCAACGCCACACUGGACAGAGAGCAGUGGCCCCGAUACACCCUCACUGUGUUAGCCCAAGACCAAGGGCCCCAGCCCUUGUCAGCCGACAAACAGCUCAGCAUUGAGAUCGGUGAUGCCAAUGACAAUGCCCCUGUGUUUGAGAAGAGCAGGUACGAGGUCUCCACUCGGGAGAACAACCUACCCUUCCUUCACCUCAUCACUGUCAAGGCUCAUGACAAAGACCUGGGCGUCAACGGGAAAAUCGUGUACCGCAUCCAAGACUCCCCAGUUUCCCACUUAGUAGCUAUUGACUCAGCCACAGGAGAGGUCACCGCGCAGAGGUCGCUGGACUAUGAGGAGAUGGCUGGCUUUGAGUUCCAGGUGAUCGCGGAGGACAGGGGCCAGCCCCAGCUUGCAGCCAGCGUCUCCGUGUGGGUCAGCCUGCUGGAUGCCAACGAUAACGCCCCAGAGGUGAUCCAGCCGGUGCUCAGCGCAGGGCGAGCCAGCCUCUCGGUGCUGGUGAAUGCCUCCACGGGCCAGCUGCUGGUGCCCAUCGAGACUCCUGGUGGCUUGGGUCCUGCAGGUGCACACACGCCAUCCCUGGCCACUCACGGCUCCAAGCCAUUCCUUCUGGCAACCAUCGUGGCAAGAGACGCAGACUCGGGGCCGAAUGCAGAGCUUGUCUACGGCAUUCGGAAGGGGAACGAAGCUGGUCUCUUCGUGCUCAGCCCCAACCUGGGCCAGCUGUUCGUCAACGUCACCAACGCCAGCAGCCUCAUUGGCAGCACGUGGGAGCUGGAGAUCGUGGUGGAGGACCGGGGCAGCCCCGCCUUGCACACCCAGGCCCUGCUGCGGGUCCUCUUCUUCAGCAGCGUGGACCACCUGAAAGACUCGGCCCGGGAGUCAGGGGCCCUGAGCCCCUCCGUGCUGACGCUCAUCUGCCUGGCUGUGCUGCUCGCUACUUUUGGCUCGGGCUUGGCUCUGUUCAUGUCCGUCUGCCGGACAGAGAAGAAGGACAGCAGGGCCUACAACUGUCGCGAGGCCGAGUCCACCUACCGCCACCAGCCCAAGAGGCCCCAGAAGCACAUUCAGAAGGCGGACAUCCACCUGGUGCCUGUGCUCCGGGGCCACGCCGAUGAGCCUGGUGAGGCCGGGCCACCCCAUAGGGACGCGGGCAAGGAAGCCCUGGUGGAAGCAGGCUGGGACCCCUGCCUGCAGGCCCCCUGUCACCUCACCCCGACCCUCUACCGGACCCUGCGUAACCAAGGCAACCAGGGAUCGCUGGCCGAGAGCCCAGAGGUGCUGCAGGACACGGUCAACCUCCUGUUCAACCUUCCUCGGCAGAGGAACGCCUCCCGGGAGAACCUGAGCCUCCCCGAUCCCCAGCCCGCCCUGGGCCAGUCACGCUCCAGGCCCCUGAAGGCCGCGGGCAGCCCCACAGGGAGGCUGGCUGGAGACCAGGCCAGCCAGGAGGUGCCCCUGAGCCCGCCAGCUUCCUCUGCGACCCUGCGGCGGCAGAGGAACCUCAAUGGGAAAGUGACCCCUGACAAAGAGUCAGGGCCCCGACAGAUCCUGCGCAGCCUGGUCCGGCUGUCCGUGGCCGCCUUCGCAGAGCGCAACCCUGUGGAGGAGCUCACCGUGGAUUCGCCUCCCGUUCAGCAAAUCUCCCAGCUGCUGUCCUUGCUACAUCAGGGCCAAUUCCAGCCCAAACCAAACCACCGGGGAAAUAAGUACUUGGCCAAGCCUGGCAGCGCCGGCAGAAGUGCAGUCCCAGACACGGAUGGCCCAGGUGCCGGCACUGGCGGCCCAACAGAACCAGACCAGGAGGAAGGGCCCGUGGACCCUGAAGAGGACCUGUCUGUGAAGCGGCUGCUGGAGGAAGAGCUGUCAAGCCUGCUGGACCCACACACUGGCCUGGCCCUGGAUCGGCUGAGCGUCCCCGACCCUGCCUGGAUGGCCAGGCUGUCCUUGCCCCUCACCACCAACUACCGCGACAACGUGAUCUCUCCCGACGCUGCAGCCUCGGAAGAACCAAGAACCUUCCAGACGUUCGGCAAGGAGGCAGGGCCCGAGCUGAGCCCGGCCGGCACACGACUGGCCAGCACCUUCCUGUCGGAGAUGAGCUCGCUUUUGGAGAUGCUGCUGGAGCAGCGGUCCAGCGUGCCCGUGGAGGCCGCCUCCGAGGCACUGCGGCGGCUCUCGGUCUGUGGGAGGACCCUCAGUCUGGACCUGGCCACGGGCAGAACCUCCGGCCUGGAAGUGCAGGAGGGCCCAGGUGGAAAGAAGGGGGUCGAGGGCCAGAGUGGCAGUGACAGCAGCAGCAGGUGCCCAGGAGCACACCCUGGGUGCCUCUGAAUCCAAGAAGCAGAGGUCUUGAGAGAUGUUAGAGAGGCCAGGCCUGGGGACCUGGUUUUUGACAUUGUGGAGAACUUGAGGGUGACUAAUGCUGUCCCCACAGAGGAGGCGAUGGCCCCAGGGGUGACAGUGGACUGCCUGGAGCAGCCCCUUAUGACGGGCUCUGUCCAGGGACAGUUUGUGGCUGAGAUAAGUGUUUGCUGGCAAAACACAAGCAGGGUGGGGAGGGUGCACCCUGCAGCAGGAUGGAUGCCACGAGCAUCCCAUGAGCAGGAGGUGGCCUUGUUGGGUAGCUCGGGAUCAGGGCACCAGGUCCUGGGGUGCCAGGCAAUGCUCCCUGCCCUACUAAUAAAGAAAACAAGGCA